CAGCGGGCGGGUGACUGCUAGUUAGUUUGUGCUCGAGAUUAUUGUUAAGGUUGUAUGGUCUUACACUGCGGCUUCCAAUCCUUUUUUAUAGAAUAACACUGUCUAUAAUUGGAACUAAACAAAUAGUAAACAACAAAUAGCUACAUUCUGAUUUAUGCAAAACACACAUCAAAAGCAUAAACGGCGCUUAUUAAUUUCGCUUGAAGGAAGACUGACAUUGAUUCGAGAAGGCCAGUUUCGGAUGGGGUUCUGUUGGCGACGCUCAGUAAUAGCUAAAUCUUAUUCUGUAUCGCAUCGCCUUGGGUAGAAACGUGAAGAUAACUUCAUCUCUCCAUUUGUGAAAGAAAGGAGGUGGAAGGAGUUAAAGGGGGCGGGGGCUAAAAAGAGGAGACAUUUCAGAGCAACUGAAACAAUAUCCAAUUAGCAAUGAACAAACUGGGGAAAGAGUUGCUUAAAAAGGGUUAAUAUACUGCACAGAAAUCUACACCUCCCCACCCCGGCACCAUGGCUAACACAGUAGCCACUCUGGUCAUCAAAACGGAACUCCUGCCCAACCAGUCCGCUGCUUCCCUCUCUCCCUUUCCCUCCCUUCUCACUGCUGGGGAGGAGGGUGAUGAGGAUGGAGAGAGGGAAGAGGAACAGCAGAUGGAGAAGGAGGCUGGCCAGGUAGUGCUCACUGAAGUGGAGAUGGCUCCCCCUCCAGCCACGCCCCAGAACCCAGAGCACCCCUUCCAGUGUCUGGACUGUGGGAAGACUUUCAAGUGGUCCUCCAGGCUGGCCCACCAUCAGCGCAGCCACAACAACGAGCGGCCGUACCGCUGCAACCUCUGCCCCAAGGCCUUCAAGGGCUCAUCCGCACUGCUCUAUCACCAGAGGUCACACUCAGGUGAGAAGCCCUACAAGUGUGAGGACUGUGGAAAAGCUUUCAAACGCUCCUCUCUCUUACAGGUCCACCGCAGUGUCCACACAGGCCUGCGCACUUUCCAGUGCCCCUACUGCCCCCUGACGUUCAAGUGGAGCUCCCACUACCAGUACCAUCUGCGGCAGCACACGGGCGAGUGCCCGUACCCCUGCGACAGCUGCCCCAAGGCCUUCAAGAACUCCAGCAGCCUGCGCAGGCACAAGAACGUGCACCUGGGCCUCAAGCCCUACGUGUGCGCCGUCUGCACCAAGGCCUUCACGCAGUCCACCAACCUGCGGCAGCACAUGCGCAUACACACCGGCGAGAGGCCCUACAUCUGCGGGGAAUGCGGCCGCAGCUUCACGCACUCCUCCAACCUGGCGCUGCACCGCAACUCGCACGCGGAGGGCAAGGGGAAGGCGGGCGGCGGGAAAGCGGCGGCGGUGACAGCGAUGACCGCGGUGGCGGCGGAGGGCGUGGCCACUGAGGGCGUUUCCGUAGGCGUGGGGAUAACCGACGUGGUGGGGUUCGUGAGCCAGGAGGCCGCGGUCGGGGUGGAGGUCGGGGAGGUGUUCCUGUCUCAUCACGCCCCCGGCCAAAACCAGACGCUCUUACCGCAGCUGACGCUCACCUCAGCCCCCAGCCAGGCCGGCGGCGGCGAGGACGCGGGCGCCGGGCCCAGUGUGCUGCUCUACAGCUGCGGCAGCUGCAGCCAGACCUUCGGCACGCAGGCCGACCUGGAGCAGCACCAGGCCCUGCACUUGGGCGCGCUGGGCCAGGGCGAGGGGGGAGGGGGCGGAGCUGGGGAGGAGGCAGGCGGCGAGGGCGGGGUGGGCCUGGUGGGGGCCGGCCCCCUGCUGGCGGACUUCGAGGAGGUGGUGGAGACGACCACGAUCUCGGAGAACGGGCACGGCGCGGCGGACCUCCUGAGCCUGGCCGGGGGCGCGGAUGGCGGGGUGGCCCAGACGCAGGCCCAGUUCGACCUCCUGCAGAGCUUCGGCGCCGUGUCGCAGCUCCCGCCCGCCGCUGCCCCGCCCACUGCCGCCGCGGGAUCCACCGACUGCACCUACUGCGGCAAGAGCUUCAACACCAGCGGCAGGCUAAGCAGACACCUGACUCAGGCGCACUCCCUGUCGGCCGCGCAGUCGCGCUCGCAGUUCAGCUGCUCGGCCUGCGACCGCUCCUUCUCGCUGCUCUCCUCGCUGCUCACGCACCAGCACUCGCACACGCCCGAGCAGCGGCUGCUGGCCGAGGCGGAGGCCGAGAUCGUCUGCCCGCCCUCGCUCUCGCUCUCGCUGCCGCUGCCGGCCUCGCCCGCCGCCAAGCGCCGCGACGGCGACCAGGCCGAGCGCGAGAUCCACGUCAGCCUCAUCGCCGUGACCGAGGACGGGGAGCGGGAGCCCGCCAAGGGCAAGCGCGGGGCCGCCAAGGGCCCGAAGAGGGGAGCGGCCAACAGGGCCGCCGGCCCCAACACCAACAACGAGCGGCCGUACCGCUGCUCGGAGUGCGGCAAGUCCUUCAAGGGCUCGUCGGGCCUGCGCUACCACAUGCGCGACCACACCGGCGAGAGGCCCUACCGCUGCACCGAGUGCGGCAAGAGCUUCAAGAGGUCCUCCCUGCUGUCCAUCCACCAGAGGGUCCAUACCGGCGUGCGGGCGUUCCAGUGCCCCUACUGCCCGCUCACGUUCAAGUGGAGCUCCCACUACCAGUACCACCUGCGCCAGCACACGGGCGAGCGGCCCUACGUGUGCCAGGAGUGCGGCAAGUCGUUCAAGAACACCAGCUGCCUGCGCAGGCACAGCCAGCUGCACUCGGGGCUGCGGCCCCACGCCUGCUCCAUCUGCGGCAAGUCCUUCUCGCAGACGUCCAACCUGAAGCAGCACGUGCGCACGCACUCGGGCGAGCGCCCCUUCCAGUGCGGCCAGUGCCACAAGAGCUUCACGCACUCCUCCAACCUGCAGCUGCACCUGCGCACCCACUCCUCCCGCAAGGACUUCAAGUGCCAGUUCUGCGGCAAGGAGUUCGUCAUGCACUCCUACCUGCAGCGGCACCUGCGGACGCACGGCGACGGCGCCAAGGACGGCGCCAAGGCCGCCAAGAGCCUGGCCGUCGCCGCCGCCGGAGUGGCCGGUGGAAACCUCAUGUCCUUCACGGAGGGCGCGGGCAACUCCACCCUGAUUCUGUCCCCGCCGAACUUGGACAUCCCUCCGAACACGUCCCAGAACUACUUCAUGAUACAGACCGCCACGGGGCUCCAGCUCAUACCCCUGUCCGCCCCGGCUCCGCCCCCGCCCCCGCCGCCGCCUCCCCCGCCCCCGCCGCCCCAGUCUCAGAACUAUUUCCUGGUGCAGUGCCAGUCCACUAAUGGCGGUCAGCCCAGCUUCAUCCUCGUCCCGACCGCGUCCAACCCCACGGCUGCAGCGCCCCCUGUCCCGGACCCCCAGCCCCUCCCUCUGGUUCAGACCAUACCGGCCCUGCAGCCGGUGUUGGGUCCGAGCCAAAGCCAGAUGCCCCAGUUCCAAACCAUACAGACUCAGUUCAUUCUGACGAACGCAGCUACCCCGGCCCCUAGCCCUGCUGUAACCUCCAGUAUACUAGGCAAAAGCAGCAGGACCAGGACGCCUAGGCCCAGGCGUGCACGAAAACCCAAAGCCGUGCCCCAGAAAACGGCCCCCACGCCCCCGGUAACCAGCGCAUCCGGCCACCCUGGGGUUUUGUCAGUGGCGGUCACAAAUACCACAGUCGUUUCGACCACCACCGCUGCGAGCGCUACCACGUCUUCUCCUCGGCCUGUCAGCUGCCUGUCAGCCCUUCCACUUCCCUCUGUUCCCAUCACUCCGGUCCCCUCCACUGCCCCCGUCUCCUCAGCUGUGACUGCAGAGCCACAAACUGUCAGUGCUUCCCCAGAGCCCCUCCCCUCUGACCCCGCCCCCUGGGACGGGACCCCUCCGGCCGCGGGCGAUAAAUGCCCGGACGCCGCUCCGGGGGAGCAGUUCGUUCUCUGCUUCGAGAAGGGAGCGGAGGACGCUGGGAAGAAGGACGGCCUGGACGCGGAGGGCGGGGGCGGGGAGUCGUACGUGCUGCAGUUCGGGGGCGACAGGGACGGGGCGGGGGGCGGGGAGGGCGAGUCGUUCGUUCUGCGCUUCGAGACCAAGCAGGAUGGCGAAAGCGAGGCGGAGAAGGAGAAGGGAGGGAUGGUGUCCCUGAACCUACUUCAACAGUGGGCCGGAGAACGAGAGGGAGAGAGCGAACCGGGGAUCGAGGGAGGGGUGGAGAGAGCGGGAGAGUCCUUCGUCCUUCACUUUAAGACGGAGCCGGGGAGAGAGGAAGAGAGCCUGCCGAGCAGCUCCUUCCCUGAGGCCCAGGGUGGUGACCUGGGACUAGCCUGCCCACCCUCCCAGGCUUUGGUUCCUCUGGACGGGCGGGAACUGGUGUUCGAGCUCGGAGACGAGGCCAAGAUGGUGGACUCCGGGUCUGGGGAGAGGGUUCAGAUGAUUGCACUGAUAGAAGGGGAAGGGAACGCCUCGGGAACGGGGGGCGGCUUCAACGCAGCCGGCGGGGUGGUGGGAGAAGGCGGUGAGGCAAUGGAAGGCAUAUUUCAGCUGGAGGGAGGGGAGGGCAUAGUCAUCAUUGAGGUCAGCACCAGCAGCCUGAGGGAGGGAGGGAUGGACGGAGAGGGAGGCGUGGCGGAAAAGACGGAGGGAAAGGGGGAGUGUGGGGGCGAGGAGGCGGAGAGAGAUAUGGGAGCAGUGGGACAAAUGAAGCGCGAUAUGGAGGCCAGGUCCGUCGGAGAGAGAGAAGACAACGGGAGAGAGAUGCAGAGUGGUGGUGGAGAGCUACAAAAUGAGCCUCAGUCCUCUUCUCAUUGUGACGGCCCCGUCUGAAACCUCUAAUAAACACCACACACGGUUCUCACAGGCAGAACAGUAGGCCUGACACAAUGCAAAGCACUGCUGAGUGUGUUCUGGUCAGGCUGGUGCUGAGCUACAAAUUUAGUCGGUAGAGAUCAUGCCUUCGUUUGAUAAUCACCACAGACCUGUUUUCGUAUGUAUUACACGAUUAACGAGCUUUCCUUUUUCCUUGCGUCUAAUGUCCCUGUGCUUUUUGCAUGAAGUCACUAUUGUUCUCAGUUAAGUUGGUUCUCAUCAAAAUGGUCUCAUGUGAAAAGCACAAAUAUAACCCUACCACGUCAGACACGGUUAAACGGAAUCACUUCCUGCAGUUCUCGAGCUUUUUCAUCAUAAUCUAGCUCAGGACCAUUUAUCAGUUUCAAGGGCAUGGUCUCUGCCUCUAUUUGUAUGUCUCAGUAGGCAUCCCUGUGUAUUCUGAUUUGGGCUAAGUGAGGGUGUUCAAUGUACAUACAGGAGUCAAUGAAGUCAGCACGAAAUAAAUAGAAAAAUUUAGCACACACAUCAGAGCAGUUUACAUAAACUACAGACUUGGAAGACAGUAGACCAGGGCGAUGGUAUUUAAAAGAUUUUGAUUGAUCAUGCUGACUGUAUAAAGUGAACAUGAUUUUUUUUUGUGAAUAUAAUACUCUUGUCUAUAUUUUGCUUGGAUUCAAUAUUAUUAUUGGUACAGGAUAAUAGUAAUAAUAAUAAAGCAACAGAUUAAUAACAAUGUA